GUGUGUGUGUGUGUGUGUGUGUGUGUGUGUGUUCUACAGCUUACUCCACAGAUCAGGUGGACUUGGCCACACAGGGCUGGUUCAUUGGUUUGAUGUGCGCUAUUGCCCUCCUGGUGAUCAUCAUGCUCGUUGUGUUCUUCAUUAAGAGAAGCCGAGGGGGCAAAUAUCCAGUGAGGGAUAAAAAGGACUUUUGCUUGGAACCACUGGAUGACAAAGACCAGGAGGGAACGUUUGACUAUCGGAUAACUCGUGUUCCUACUCUUCCCUACACCAGACGGGAGGAGGACAUCAGGCAGAGGAGAGCGGACUCAGUGGACGGCAUCAUCGGGAGGACGGAGAGCGACGACAGCCUGGUGGACUACGGCGACGGAGGGGAGAUCGAGUUCAACGAGGACGGCUCGUUCAUCGGCCAGUACACAGGCGUCAGCAAGCGCGAGCGGUCAGAUAGAGAGUACCACGACAGCUCAGAGGCCACCUCGCCGGCCAACACCAUAUACACACUGGCCUAGUUCAGCCCCCCCUGUGGGCAGCAGAGCGCCACUGCGGACUUCACAACAGCUGCCCACACACUGCUGCGUUCACCUGAGAGGGUUUCUCACCUCGGGUCAGUCACACAGAGGACAUAGAUUCCGCUGCACACGAGGAGAGAACACUGGACUUAACGUGGUUCUUUUGUCAAGGCCGUAGCUCAGUUUGGGAAAUAACACAAGGUCGUUUUACAGGAGAAGGCUGCUCCCUUUAUGCAGAUAAUUUACCAACAUGAUCCUGUCCUGUUUUUAAUCUUUUCAAACGAAAGGGCAUAAAGAGGUUAUGUAACAGCCGUGGGGAGGAGUGUUUUAUCAUGUUGAUAAAGACUAAGAGACUGAGGAGAAUGAUGGUGUUGCUAUGGUGGCGGUUGCUAUGGUGGCGGUAUUUGAUGUGCUGUGUUGCGGCUCAGCAAAAGCUAUUUAUUCUGUUUUUUUUGUUGUUUUUUUUAGCCCAUGACCUCUGACCUCUUGACCAUCUCUGGGUGUUUUUCUCUGCCCAUUAACGACUGGUCUGCCUUUUGAUCAAACUGCCCUCAUUCUGCCCUCAUAUAAGAACACUAGUGUUUUAAAGCUUACAAAACUAUAGUACACACAAUCUCUGCACAUUCUUCAGUUUUUAACGGGCUAUACCAAUAUCAGUGAUGUUUAAAGUUCAAACUCAUAAGGCCCAAAUGCAAGAUGAAAUUGGCUGGUGGAGCCCCUAGUGUGUUUAAGAUGUUUUCUUAUAUUACAAGCAUGAGGAGAAUGAAAUAAGAUCCUUCUCAUCUCAAAUGUGGAAGAGAAAGAGGAUGCAGCCUAGUGUGAUUCCUAUUCUGCACAUUAACCUCUAAAGUAAUACCCACCCGACACCUCCUCCUGGUCAUGAACAAAAGAUCUCCUCAUACCAUAUCAACGCUACCUGUUUCAUUUCCCAUACUCUGUUUCUCGUAUCAUUGUUUUGUUCUCCUUGUGGUUAUAACAACUUCAUGAGACAUUAGAAUCUCUGAUGCUCUGUGUAGGAGUUCCUGUAUUGUUGAUUCCACUGAUAGCCGGUGACAAAAGGAUGCACUAAUAGAGGAAGGAAGCGUUUAAUAAAGUAAAUAAUAAAGCAAUAACACUGAAGCACUUCAUGUUCAUGAGGUUUUUGCAGCUGUGUGGGUCAGAUGCUUUUAACCGUCUCUUGACUGGUGGAUAUUUCCUCAUGCAGUUUAGCAAGCUUUUGUAUGUUACACUUGGAUAUAUUACAUUGGUUUUGUACAGUAUGUGCACUUUAGAACAAUUUUACUCUGAUCAUUUGUAAACUAAUUUGCUAAAUAAUAAAUGUGGCAAUAAACCUGUUAAUCC